AUGGUUUCCCUCUACAACGCCUCCAUUCCCAUGAUGAUCAAAUACCUCGGGAACCUCAAGCUCAUCCUCACCAAAGCCGAGAAGCACUGCGUCGACAAGGGCCUCGACCCCCAAGAAAUGAUCAAGUUCCGUCUUAUCGCAGACAUGCGAGGGUCCGUGAUCUCCCUAUCCACCUGUCUACCUACCUGCCCACCCACCUCCCCGCAAAGCCCACCCCUGACUAACAUCACCCCUACCCACAGCCUCGACUACCAGGUCCAGUCCUGCUCCAACACCGCAAAAUUCAUGGCAACCCGCCUCGGCAAGCAGGAGGACGUCUUCUUCGCAGACGACGAGACCACCUUCCCCCAGCUCCAGUCCCGUGUCGACCGCACCGUCGACAUCCUCAGGGCCAUCCCGCCCGAGUCAUUCGAGGGCAAGGAGGACGCCGAGGUCAUCCUCGAGUCCAAGAUGGGCAACUUCAAGUUCACGGGGUACACAUACGCAAUCCAAUACGCGUGUCCCAACUUUCACUUCCAUCUGGGUUCUGCGUACUGCAUCCUGCGCCACUUGGGCGUGCCCUUGGGGGCGUUUGAUUACCUUGACUCGCAGAAGGACUUGUUCAUCAAGGUGGACAAGGCUUCUUCUUAG